CGAUGCUUGACGGUGAAGAGCUUCUACAGUUAACCCCUCCCUUUUCUUCUUAUUCCUCAUAGACUUUGAGGGGGUAGAGAUAGAGAACGGUCAUCACCUUUCUGGCUGCCUAUUUGAAACAUCGCCAUCUACUCUCGCCAGUUCGUGAGUUCUCUUGGAGACAAUCCCGUCCUCUGGUUAUUCCCAACCGACGAAUCACGCCAUUCUUUUCAUAAAUGAGCGAGACUUCGCGAAAGCGCACGUUUGGCACACUGGUCACGAAAAAGAGUGCUUCGGCAAUAGUAGUGGUUCGCUUGGAUAUUCGCUUCCCAGAACUCCCAGAUCAAUAUCCGAGAAAGGCUUUACUGUUAGACCACGAAGUUGGACGCCGACGAAAUGGUCUUAAAAAAGAUCCAACUCGUAAAGGAUACUAUGCCGGUUUGGAGAAUGAACACGCAAGAACGUCAACUGCACUCUUCCAGAGGAAUGCUCUUCCCGAAGAAGGCGACGAAGGUCCGUCAUCGCUACCACAGCAAGAUGACCUCUUUGACGGCCGUACCACUCUAAUUCUUGUGGGAGGACAAUCGCUGCUGAUUGUGGCAGCUGCGAUCGCCGCUGCAAUUCUGCAAACGCCUAACUGGGGAUUCGGUCCCAACAUUGUGUUCGAUUUAAAGUCGAUUGGAGGUGGAUUUCUGUUGGCACUUCCACUCGGCGGUCUUGCGGCAGCGCUGGAUUUGAUCGAAGACCGCUUUCCGGCCUUGCAAGACGUAACCAAAGCUACUCAAAGAAGCAUCUUGGCACUCAUGGGCGGCACAUUUAAGCCACUUUUUGCCUUUUUCACCGCAUUGGCAUUGGGAUUGGCGGCUGGAUUCGGUGAAGAAAUGCUCUUUCGUGGCAUCUUACAAUACGAACUAGCGAAUCGCUUUGGACCCGUGCUGGCUGUGGGUGCCGCCAGUAUCGUGUUUGGUGCCUUACACGCGGUGACGCCCCUUUACGCGUUCUUGGCGACACUAGCGAGCGUGUAUUUCGGUGCCAUCUAUCUCGCGUUUGACAAUUUGGCCGUGCCGAUCUGGUGUCACACCAUUUACGAUGUUGGCGCUCUUUAUUACGCCCACUGGACAGUUUGUCAGCUCACCCAACAAGAGCGGAACGAAAUUGCGUUUUGGGAAGGUCCGGGGAAAUAAAGAAGAUGCCGAGUACUUCCGUAAUAGAGAUUGUUGAAAGCU